AGCAACAAUUAUAUCGAUCAAGAUAUCUGCGCGUGUAAAUGAGUGACAGCUUAGGACCGAGAUAUUUUUAACUAUAUUAGUGGUUAUCUGAAUUAAAUAAAAUCUGAGGAGACAUUAAGUCAUCUUGCGAAUAACCUGUGUCCACAAUUACAUGAUUUCGUCACAAUAUCACACAGGAGACGCGCUGAUUUACGUUCUGACAGCCGUCAAGAAGGGCGUACGAGAAGUGAUAGUGGCGAAUUUAAGUGUGAACUUAUUAUUGAUAUUUUAUGAGUAAUCUGACUAAUCACAUAUCAAUUAAUUACAACUGUGAGGCAUACAGCCUAGUGUUACGUAAACACUUAAGCGUAACAGUGCUCCGGACCUAACACGUGGUUCUGACAUUGGCAAAAUGGGGAAAAUGAAGUGGAUCCUAGGAAGAAGUCGAACCCCUGCCCUCGUUUUCCCAAGAUGUGGGGGGACAUACCAAAACGACGAUUCUUUCACGUCCUCAGAAGAUUCUCUGUUGGGGCGUCACAGAAACAGGACAACAAUAUCAGCGUCCUCGUCCACCUCAACAUUUAUCACUGGAUCCACCGGCAGCAGUAUUGUUAACAUCCACAAACACCACGACUACAACAAGUGUCACGACAGGAGAAUGUCAGUCACUAAACAAAAGGAGCUAAACCUCCUGAUAACAGCACCUCAAGUUCCUGAACUCAGUACGGGCGAUGACAGUUUAAAGAAUAAAGUAACUGUUGAAGAACCAUCGAUACAGGACAAUCAUGUUUGUGAAAUCAAACCUCAACCUCAGCCUCAACCUCAACCUGAGCACAGAUGUUCAUCCAAAAACAAUCUUGGCCAAAGUGCGGCGCCACAAGUUCAAAUCCAUUGGGGCCCUCAGGUUAUGGCAGCUUUAUCCGUAUCUUUAGGAUCCAUGGUUGUUGGGUUCGCUUCUGCCUAUACAUCGCCAGCUCUGGUAUCAAUGGCUGAACCCAACAGCACAGUACAACCCGAUCUGCAGCAGAAAUCGUGGAUUGGUAGUUUAAUGCCACUGUCUGCCUUACUUGGAGGAAUCGCUGGAGGACCUCUGAUCGAAACGAUUGGGCGGAAAACAACAAUCCUAGCAACAGCACUGCCAUUCAUUGUCUCAUGGCUGCUGAUUGCCCUGGCUGUCAACGUGCCGAUGCUGUACGCCGGUAGGGUUGUGGCAGGUUUCUGUGUUGGCAUUGUGUCCCUGUGCUUCCCUGUGUACCUGGGAGAAACACUUCAACCAGAGGUCAGGGGCAUGCUGGGGCUUCUACCAACGGCUUUCGGUAAUGUAGGAAUCCUACUAUGCUACUCUGCCGGAAAGUAUCUGAACUGGUCCAUGCUUGCAACUCUGGGAGCCUGCAUUCCUGUACCGUUCCUGGUCUGCAUGCUGUUCAUCCCAGAGACACCAAGAUGGUACUUCUCAAAGGCCAAGGGAAAAUGUGCCAUGAAAUCUCUUCAGUGGUUACGUGGAAAGGAUGCUGACAUCUCACAAGAGUUGAAGGAAAUUGAAAAUAUUAACAACGAAUCACUGAAGAGCCCUUCUGGCUCAUCAUUCGAACUAUUCAACAAGAGCAACUUAAAGCCUCUCCUCAUAUCUCUCGGCCUGAUGUUCUUCCAGCAAAUGAGCGGCAUUAACGCCGUUGUCUUCUACACAGUGAUGAUAUUUAAGGCUGCUGGAAGCACGCUCGAUGGUAACACAAGCACAAUUAUAGUUGGUGUUGUGAACUUUGGUUCAACAUUCUUGGCAACUAUCCUGAUCGACCGUUUUGGACGCAAAGUGCUCCUCUACAUCUCAUCAGUAGCCAUGAUAAUCUCACUGGCAGUUCUGGGCACAUUCUUCUACCUGAAAGACCACACUGACACCAAUGUCACCCCAUAUGGCUGGCUUCCACUUGUCAGUUUCGUCAUUUAUGUUAUUGGUUUCUCAUUUGGAUUUGGUCCAAUUCCAUGGCUGAUGAUGGGAGAAAUCUUACCAGCCAAAAUUCGUGGUUCAGCAGCUUCGAUCGUGACUGGAUUCAACUGGACUUGCACAUUUGUUGUCACUAAAACCUUCACUGACCUGAUAACAGGUCUGGGCAGUGCCAUCACAUUCUGGAUGUUUGGGGGUAUCUGUCUGGCAGGCCUAUUCUUUGUUAUUUUCUGGGUACCAGAAACGCAAGGAAAGAGUCUUGAAGACAUUGAAAAGAAACUUACUGGACAAGUACGAAGAAUGAGUUCUAUUGCUAAUCUCAGACCUCUGCCCAUGGCAGUCUAAGGAUUAUGUAAAUUUGUACUCCGAACAAUACAAGCACUUGGAAGAGAGUUAGACCUAGAGGACUGAAGGACUCGAUGAAGUAUUCGAAGCAAUGUCCAUGGUCAUCAUAAGUGUCGAAUGCAAGAUCAGUUAGAGUUUUGUCUGAAGACUGCAUGCAAGAAUCUCAGAAGAAUCUCUACCAAACAGUUAAUUAAUAAUAUUUAUAAUUUUACUUGAUCAGUGAUACUCGAAAACUAAUGACUGUGUCGCUACAUAGAACGUAGCUCUCAUAUCAUUUUGUAACACUUCCAUUGUAUAUGAAAGUCUGUUUUUAUAAAAUAGACUUUGUAAAUAUUGUACAGACCAAGUGACUGGUCAUGAUUUUAUGACCACUGACAGACAAUAUAUAUCAUUACACAGCAUCCAUACCAAAUAUUACAUAUAUUUUUUUAUUAUAGUUUACUCAUUAUUAUGAUACUGAAAACUACAUACGGUAAAGUGAAUUUACUCGUGUGACACAAAUUUUAACCAUUUAAAGCAUAGUGAUAAAUAUAUGAACCACCUGCUUUAAUAAUUAAAGAUUUUACUGUAGAGUGCAUUUAUGAGGUUCAUAUGUUUCUCAGUAUAUAUUUAAAUUAUUUCUGUAUGUAACAUAAAUUAAUUAAUAUUUUUGUAAGAGAGUGAGAGAGCAUAUUUUUAUUGAGACAUGAAAGGAAAUUUUAAAAAUAUUUUUAGGAUGAACCUCCUGCUUAAAGGGUUAAAUAAGUAAUGUAUCUUAUUGUCUUAACUUGAUUUUAUGUAUGGAGCAAUUAUUGGGAAUAUGCAUCUAGAGUCACUGUGUUAGUUAAUUAAAACACUGACUUCCACUGGACAUUCCAUUUUUUAUGAUUAUUGUUCUAUGAACAUGUAAAAAUAAGUAUUUGUACAUAUGCUGCCAAUGUGUGUUUUUAUUCCAUAUGAUGAUUGUUAAAAUGAAGGCUUCAGAAUAAUAAUUUUAAGCAAUUUAAAUCUGUAACUAAGCCACAAACAGCCAAAAUUCACUGGCAACAUUCUCUGUUCCUCUAACCGGUAGCUUUCAAAUCACUGGUUCCACAAUAUGGAUGGUACCUGAACAAUAAACGUGUAUCCUGUGGCACUAGAUAACUUUGUUCACCCCAGUUUUCAUAUUCAUCUCUGACCACAAACCACCAUCUUAUAACUUAAAAGUAAUUUUGGAAAACAGUUCUGUAUGCCUUGAUAAUGUGGCACAGUUCAAAUAUUUGGGAAUGACAGCAACAAAUUAAAAUUUUAUUUAGGAGGAAAUUAAGAGGAGA